AGAAAAAGGUUUACAAAAAAAAAAAGCAACUCCCCAAUGGGGAUGUUUUCUUGAUCAACCAUGAUACUGGGAGUAAUGAAAGGAGCACCGGUCAACCGUUUGUCCAACCUGCCUGGUUGUUGUAAAUUAUUUCCCGUUCACUGAUCAGCAAAAUUUCGAAGCAUGGGAGAAAGUAGCAUAAAAAUGGGCGUGUUUUGGCACCCUUGAAUGUUUUUCCUUUCCUUCUUUUCAACGUUUUUCUUCUAAUUUAAUUCAGUCUUUCUAUAUUUCUUUUAUACUUUUUUCCCUUCUUGUUCAUUCAUUUUUACAUUUCUCUACCCUCUUUCCUUUCCUUAAUUACAAAGCGACACAAUGGUGCCGACAUUGACUCCCGAUGAAGAAUAUCUUUUGACGCUCCGAUCAGUUCGGGAGCGAUGUUUCAAAGUCCAGGAAGCCGCGGUGAAGAAGCGACUGCAGCAUUUUGACGUGGAUCAAAGCAAAUUGGAAGACGUAGUCCAGAUUGUCGUCUCCCUAAUAAAGCGGGAUUACGAUCAUCCUUCCAAUAUCCCUGUUCACGGACGGUGGCGCCAUUUCGAUGUUGGUGGACGGCCGAGAGUACAAAACCUCAUCAAUGCCUGGGCAAGCCUCGGACAAGACACCAUGACCCAAACCCGACGGGUGCUCGACCUAUUCGUCGUUGCCGUGCUGUUAGAUGUAGAAGCCGGUCACCUCUGGUCUUACACCGAAAACGCCUCUGGUCGUAUCUAUAAGCGCACAGAAGGCAUUGCCGUCGCUGUGCUCGACAUGUUCACCGCUGGCGUCUUUUCCAGCGAUCCUUCCGAACCGCAUCGAGUUGACUCUGCGGCUCUGAUGGCUCUCAAUAUGGAUACACUUCGCCAAGGCUUCCAGGUCGAUAGCCGCAAUAUCCUUGUUGGUCUUGAGGAUCGAUUAGAAUUAUUGCAUCAUCUCGGUGAAGUCUUGCAAGAUCGUCAAGAUUACUUUGGCAGUCAACUCGUCGCACGUCCAGGCAACCUUCUCGAAUAUCUUUUGGAACAUCCUACCACCAUCAAGACGAAAAAGGGCCCAUUGAUUCAUCUGGAAACGCUUUGGCCUGUGAUGCAAGAGAUGGGCGAAUUCUGGGCAGCAGAAGGCAAGGGCGGGUCUCGCGGUCUUGGUGACGUCUGGCCAUGUCAAGCUAUUCAGAACAACCCCCAAUCAUCUGAACACUUUGUUUCUUUCCAUAAAUUAUCGCAAUGGCUGGUCUAUUCGGUAAUUGAACCCAUGGAGAAACUCUUGGGCGCCACCAUUGAAGGUACCGAUCAACUGACUCCCCUGCCUGACUAUCGCAACGGCGGAUUACUCAUGGAUACGGGAUUUAUUACACUAAAGAAGGCCGAUAUGGAGCGUGGGUUGCAAAACUACCGUCAGAAUUCCUUGCUUCCGGGUCAACCCAAAGUGGAAGUGGCUCCCAUGUUUGAAAUGAGCGAUCCCGUCGUGGUCGAGUGGCGAGCUCUCACCACUGCUUACCUUGAUCUCGUGGCCGAACGCGUGCGUGAGACACUGAAAUUAAGUCGCAAACAGCUGGCCUUGACUCAACUUAUCGAAGGCGGCACUUGGAACGUAAGUCACUAUUUAACCUACCAUUUCUUUCCGAACAUGUCGCUUACCUUGCCACACUUUGACUAGGCUGGCCGCGAGCUUGCCGAAAUAUCGAGACCUAAUACCCAAGAACCGCCCAUCGUCAUCAAGGUAGGUCUCACUUUCCAACACACAGACAUGCAUUUUGUUUCUAUGAAGUUGUCUGACAAUUUGUCUCUAU